AUGCAGAGAUUUCUAUUGGCGUCAUCUAUUGUCGGCUUCACCUUUCCGGCUCAGAUCCCAGAGAAAUGCUGCGUAUGUGCGGAGGUGAAUGCCGCAAUGAUGGACCCCAUCAUCAUCAUCAUUGAUCUCCCAGGAGUCCUCCUCGCACUCGGAAUAUUGGUCUUCACAGCUGCCUUCACCCACUACCUGUACAAUCACUUCAACACACGACACACCACCACGCAGUUUUCACCAACGCCAGAGUUCGUCCCUCGACGGCUUCCGUCGAAAUUUACCUUCUCUGCCCCCAACCGACCCAUCAACAACUCCAAUAACUUCAACAACUUCAACAACCACGGAGGCCCAAUCAAACCAAUCAUAAAAAAACGACAAUUUUAA